AUGGUUCGCUUGGAAGAAGUCCCCGACGAGGAGAUCCUCCGACAGCAGCGAACGUCUGCUGCUGCCGCUGCUGCGGACGACGACGACUGGGAGGAGGAGGAAGAGUCCGAUGCCGAGUCUGAUUUCUCGGACGACUCUGAAGUGUCCGAACGAGGUCUUGCUCUUCACGAGGAGUCUGUAUGGGAGCGUAUCUCUGCUCUCCGCGAUAUCAUCCCGCCCAGCACGCGCCGUUCGAUCGCAUCCACGUUCAACACCACCACAUCGUACGCCUUCACAGGCUCUCUGCUCGCCGGCAAGCUCGUUUGGGUUGUCACCACCUCGGCGCUGCUCGUCGGCCUGCCAUUCGCACUCGCGGUCGAGGACGAGUCGAGGAUCGUUGCGCAGGAGAAGGAGAUGAUGGCGCAACAGCAGGGCGCACAGCACAUGCUGGCUCCUCCAACAGGUGCAGCGGGUCAGCAGGGUCAGCAGGGCGCAGGUCAGUACCAGGCCCAGGCUCCCGCUCCUCAGGGAUUGCGUCCUCCUGGAUUCUAA